AUGCAAGACACUCUGGCUUUCGAAGCCAGGUUGUCAAGGGGUGUCCCUUGGGCCGCAGCCACAGAAACGGGAGCACCAGAUACGUACAAGAGCUCCCCUCUGGGAGAUGCUGGUGCUCUGGAUCAUAGCAGAGGGACAGCAUGCGGACAGCGCCUGCCCUCUGACGUCUCAGGAGAGGCUUAUGGUCAGCUUUCAGUUCGCCCACACGAGAGCCCCUGGAAGCGGGAACUACAAACCUGUCUCGCCAAGCCGUGGCUGGAAGAAACUCUGGAUACAGAUCAGGGGCAGAGGGUGCUCAGGAGCGGCGUCCAUUCCACCCCGCGGAGGCCGUCGGCGUUAAGUCCAGCAGGCCCUCCCGCAGGAAAGCGCGCAAGGCGGGCAGAGGCAGCGAGUCCUGCAGCGCACACAGGUCCUCACAGCGUGGUAAGAAGUCGGCCGCGCUGUCGCAGCGCAGCUUCACCGAGUCAUCAUGGCCCGAGCGCGGCCUCGGGGACGCUGGCUGUGGACACGAUGCCCACACCCGCCUGGGGGCCCCGGCUCGCCUCCCGGCCCCUCGGGCGCCCACCGCCCGGCGGCUGCGGCCCCGCAGCGUGCGCAGGACCCGCGUCGCAGCCAGAAGACGCAGGGCCCCGGGCCCCAGUUAGGCAGGCCCCUCCAUGCAGCGCUCACUUUGGCGCCGGCCUCAUCGCCCUCCGGGCCGGGGGGCUGCCGUUCCAACCGGGAGGCGGCCCCAUGGGGGCGGGGCUCGAGGACGUCAGUGCACUCGCCGUGCGUCCGCACGCAGCCCCGCCUCCCAUGGGGACCCGGCCUGAGGAGCAGGGCGGCCGGAAAGGACCCCAGUCAUGUUGGACUAGAGCCUACCCAUUUGACCUCAUUUGACCUCAGUUACCUAUUUAAGGGCCUUAUCUCCAAAUACAGUCAUAUUACGAGGUAUUGGGGGUUAAGACUUCCACAUAUUAACCUGAGCAGGACACAAUUCAGCUGAUAAUAGAAGAAGGCAGUGGGAAGUGGA